CACUCUAGUAAGCUUCAAUCAAUAGGAUCCAAAAUCUAGUUCGGAUCCGCCCUAGCUAGCUAUCGCCGGCGUCUAUACUUCCAUUCACACUCGGAUACUCGAAGAAGGUGAGGUUUCCGACGACCCAACGACCGAUCAAACCUUUUGAAUCUCAAAGUCGCCAUGUCGCACAAAUCACGGCAUUACAUAGGCUCCUGUACUUUCCAGUUUCAAUCAUGGAAUCCGUUCCAGUCCAAGUCUCUUGACUCCGAUCCCCCUCAAACCCCUAAACCCUACUCCUCCUCCUCCAAUGGGGCACAGUCCAAGCGCCCCUGCCUCUCCGAUCGCGCCACUUCCUUCUCUGUCGACGCAAUCGACAUGUCCAAGCUCAGCCUCAUCGAAGAUGACAAGUCGAACACUGCUGCUCCUUACAACCGCAGCGGCCUUAGUUUGAUUGCCAGGAAGCGGCGCCGCAGGGGUUCCCGAUCGGUGUCGGGACGGAGUAGCGACAGGAGUAGGAACCGUCGGUGCUGCUCUGUUGGGGCGUCGGCGGCCUAUGGUACUUGCUCGGACUUUCCGCUGGCGAUCGGGACUGACUCGAGUGGUGAGCUGUUUGGGAAUGGGGAUGCGAAUUGGGCGUCAGAUCAGAGUGAGGCCAAGAAUUCGAGGCGGGAGAAGGAUGGGGGGAGCGGGGAGAAGGAGAAUUUGGGGGGAGGGUUUGGGCAAUUUGGUGGGGGUUUUGAUGCUCAAGGGAAUGAGUCAGGGUAUGGAAGUGAACCGGGAUAUCGCGGAGAUGCAGAGUUUGGGUAUGAAGAUGAGCUUGAUGAGGAGGAGGAAGAUGCGCGUUUGUUGUUUUGGGGCCUGCAACUUGGAGAUGCAGACUCUAAGAAGGAGAUGGUUGGGGAGAAUACAUUCGCUGAUCAGAAAGCUCACCAUAGAUUUCGUCGGAAGAAGCAUGAUUAUAGAAUGGUUGUCGACUCAAGAUAGCUGCUUUUUUUGCUGAUAAGAUGGAAUCUUUUGGGCAUUCUCUCUUAUACCCGAUGAAAAGGUCUAUCUGAUUCUAUUGCUCGUGCUGUUUCGACGAGAUUCAGGAAGCUUAUUUUGCAUUAUUGUGGCAAGCCCCUCUCUGCUUGAUGACUUUUGUGAGAGUGUUCCAAUUCCCAUAGGCAUAUCCAUGAGCUAUGGAGGCCACAACUUCUGCGAGCCGUGAGUCAAUGCAUGAAGGAUUUCUUAUGUGCGGUGAAUAGUAAAUCGAAUUUGUUAAAUGUACAGGUGAAAAACUCUGGGUUUGACAGGAAUUCGUAUGUAACGUUGAUGUUGUGUAUCAAUCAUAAUUAAUAAUAUGGUGACAUUUCAUAGGUUGAUAUACCACAUCAACGUAUGACAUGAUAUACAAGACAUGAAUAUUUUUCUCGUUUGGAACAAUAUAUUUAUGGUAACGCGUUAUUUCAACUUAUUA